CCAUUUUCCCUCACUACAUGGCGUGCACACUGACGAAGGCCCGCGUGGAGGAUGGAGAUGCCAAAAAAACUGUUUCAGGAGUGGUAUAGUAAAGGCAACACUGGGAAGUAGAAAGAAAGAAAAGUGCUAUCUGGACUCCGUUCUUUGCCUCGAGCAUUUGCCGCUUCUCCGGGAAGAUGGAAGGCAGCACGCAAGUCAUGUGAGGCGUCGCAUUCCCUAUACUUCAUACAACAGAUUUUCCUUGUAUGCGCGCGCCGCCAUAGGGUUCUCCGCACAGUGGGCACAGAACAUACUAAUGAUCAGCGCUCCAGUGUCUCAGCGAAAGGGAUCGUAUAUGUCCUCAUUGUAAAGCAGCUCGUCGCCACCGUCACCGAAUGUCAGUCUUUAUUAGCCACAGGUGGUCCACGGUGAGGCAGGUGUUGACAGCGACGCUGCUGCUUCUCUCUGCUAGCCUCUUGAUUUCUUGGAAUGUGGAAUACGAGACUUUGACGGUGAAAGCUGAGGAAGCGAAGUCACGAAGCGAUGCUCUGGAGCAACACGUGAAGGAAGUGUGCGAGACAAUGCGAUUUCCAGACACAGGAGCGAGUCAGGCGCUGGAUCACAUGCAUUAUGAUGACGUGAGGAAAGUGAUCUACUGCUUCAUUCCCAAGGUGGCCAGUACCAGCUGGAAGAAGACGUGGCUGAAGAUGACACAGCCGAGGAGAAACGUGUCUGCCAUGCGCAGGGGAGCCAUACACAUCAGCCUUCCAUUGCUCGUCCUCGAUAAAGACAAGGAAAAGAAGCUAAGAACCUACAAGAAGUUUAUGGUUGUACGGCACCCUUUCGAGCGGGUCCUGUCGGCCUACAAGGACAAGCUGGAGUAUUGGGCGCGUCACAAUCACCUCUUCCACUUGAUGGUCGGGAAGGGACUAAAUAAACACAGAGACAACCCAAACGAGGAGACAGACAACAUCACCUUCACGGAGUACAUUCGCUUCAUCUCUCAGCCGGGACGCGGGACUGUGGAGCAGCGAAACGAACACUGGUUGCCGAUGCAUGAAAUAUGCCACCCCUGCGCCAUACAGUACGACUUUAUUGGCAAGUAUGAAAACCUGAAGGAGGAUUCGGAGUAUCUGCUGAAGUGGCUGGGCGUGACAGACCUGAUGGGCACGUUUCCUGCAGCAAUUAGGCCCUUCCACGCCAGCCGCCACGACCCCAGGUACUUCGGCCAGCUCAGCAACCAGGAAAUCAUGGCCUUUUACGCCAAAUACUUGCCAGACUUUAUGUUAUUCGACUACGACUUUGUGUGACUUUGGAAUAACAAUACUGUGGUAUGUAGCUGCGUUGCGACGCUGGUGCUGUAGGUCACUGGCAAGUGUGUAGUGAUGAAGUGAGUGCCUUCUCUGUGGGGUGAUUUUUGGAUGUUGUAAAUUCUAUAGUUAUCGUGAUUCAAGCUUGUCAGAACACGCCAUGAUGUUUCACGAGAUGAAGACCUGUGCGUGACGAACAGACCCGUAACAGUUCAUACGAGAAGAACUUUUAACAAAUAUUCGCGGCAGCGUUGUGGAUAAAGUGGUGAGCAUGGAAUCGGGCAGACGUCCACGCGUCGGUUCGAAUCCCACCACGUACAGCCUUAAACACUUUGCCAUUUGUACCACUAUAAAUAAAAUUGCCUGCCCCCCUAAUGGGCGGAAGCUGAACAGCGCUUCCUACACACUCUUCAAGUAAGCCUACAAGCGCUAUAGGCCUUAACCUUAAAAAAGAAAAAAAAAGCAGAUGGUUGUCAGCAGGAAUGAACAUUGAGAUUAGGUUUCUGCACAUUUAGUUUAUAUCGUGCGAUUCACAAAAACAAUGAUGCAAAUCAUUCCCAUCCCAUCCCAUUGUGCGUAAAAGCUAUAAACCAAAGAAAACAUUUUUUUGUUGAAUAGAAUAAUCAUACUAUCUAUUUUAAAUGGAAGUGUGUUCCACGCAUUCUGCUACAGGAAUAUCACUUAAACAAUAUUUUCAUCCUUCAUUUGGAAACUGGAGACUUAGUUAAAAUGAAUUAUACUAAUCAUGCUGCGCUACAAAUAAACGCCAAAGCUUUCCUCAUUACUGAAUUAUUCUUGUCACUGAAGGGAAGUUUUUUUUUUCUAUAUCUGCACUCUAUCCUGUGGUAUACUCUAUAAAUAUCUAUACUAAUUACGAUUUUUUAUAAUAAAAUAAUGCGAGUGUAUAUUGCAUUAUCUUUUUAACAUAAAAAAGUAUUGACGUGUGCUAUUCUUUUGAUGCAGCUUUGUUUGGUUGUUAAGCUAGUCAUUAACUUUAUCACACAUAGAUAUUAAAAGUCAUGCCUUCUU